AUGUUGCAGCACGUCACUUCUCCUGCGUAUAUUUUCAACGGUUCGCUGCUGUUGUGUCCGAGAGACAUUUUACAACUUCCGUUGGCGCCGCGCUGCCGGAGGACGUGUGCCUCGAGUGGAGUACAGACGAAGACAGAGGGCGACAGGAGACUGAAUCUGGUCUCCAGAAGACAUGUUGUGGAAGUGAUUCAUGGAGAGCUUCACGGUCGACAAGUUCUGCAGAUUCUGUCUAGCGAGCAGCAGAGACGCACAACAGCAAGAGAUGGCUAUGCAAGAGAAAUUCAUCAUGAGGGUUAUUGUCUCAGAGGGAGACAUCAGAAAGUCUACAAUGACAACACGACCGGACACACUUGA